AUGGCUCUCAAGAAAAAUGAAGGGGCACAAGACAAUUUCUGGUCUUUGAUACCAACCUCUAUUCACAAUGGUAGUGUUAAUUUGCCAGCAGAGGGCCAACCUCAAUUGAUGGACAUAGGAGAUCUCAACUGUAGCAGGAACUCACAAAAGGAAAGAGUGAAGGAGGAAAGCCAGUGGAGCAGGAAUCAAAACCAAGGGGAUCUGAUACCAAGAAGGAGGAAAAGAAACUUAGCCAUUGAUUUAGCAGAGGAAGAAAAAGGUUGUAUGUUAGAAGUAGAAGGUAUUGGGGAGAAUGGGCCUGUUGGGAUUGUUUUUAUCUAUGGUAGUUCAUAUAGGAAUGAGAGAGUUUUGCAAUGGGAAUUUCUACAGUCUGCUAGUAGAACUUGGGGUAGAGCAGCGGAUGGCGCGUGGAGGAGUGGCGCGGGGAAUCUGGAAUCGCCGGCAGUUUUGAACUUCGAGAUGGGGCGCGGUGGUGAUGAGGAUCUCCUGCUGGUCAUCGAUUGCAAGAUAGUGGCUGAGAGAGAACGCCGGUGGGAGAGGGUGGUGGUGGCGAGCGAUCGGUUUAUAGUGAGAGAGGAGGGAAUUCUCUUUUCUUACGCGAAGGAAUAG